AUGGACAUUGCAAUGGAUCGCAGCGGAGGGGAUGCCGGGGUCGCCACCUUCGGUACCUUGUUUCAACACAUCGUCAACGAGAUGAAGAAUUCAAGUCCCCUGUGGGAGGAUUUUAUUGCCAAAGCAUCAAAGCUGCACGCAUGCUUACGAGCUGCAAUUCAAGCAUUGGCGGCCUAUUUGGAUGCAUUUCAAAAAAUUGCCGAUGCCGCCACCAACUCUAGAGGAGCCACCAAAGAAAUUGGAACGGCACUAACGCGAGUAUGCCUCCGACACAAGGCGGUUGAGAGUCGUAUGAAAACGUUCACCACCGCCAUCAUGGACUGCCUAGUACUGCCGCUUCAGGAGAAACUGGAAGACUGGAAGAAACAUGUAAACGUCAUCGACAAAGACCAUACCAAAGAGUACAAGCGAUGUCGGGCGGAGCUGAAGAAGCGUUCGACUGACACACUCCGACUGCAGAAAAAGGCGAAGAAGGGCACCACAGACAACUUACACGUACUGGUCGAAUCCUCGAUGCAGGACGUGACAUUGCGACGCUGCGAAUUGGAAGAGGUGGAACGGAAGUCUUUACGGGCGAUCAUGGUCGAGGAACGAACACGAUACUGCACCUUCGUUAACAUGCUGCAACCGGUGGUGCACGAAGAGUGCGAGGUUAUGUCGGAACUUGGACACCUCCAGGAAGCAAUGCAGUUGAUAGCUAUCGUCACGAAGAAUCCCAACCAGCUGCCGCAAGCCUCCGAGGAGUUAAUCCUGGAAUCAAAGGCCAACAUUAAUCUCUAUCCGGAUUCCCCCGGAGGAUCCAACUCACAAGGUGGCUGUUCGAACUCGCUUGGUUCGCGCAAAAGUUCCGUUUGCUCGAUCAGUUCGAUAAAUAGCAGCAGCAGUGGUUCACCAGGACAUCACCAGUUUCAGCGGUCACUUUCGCAGUACUCCCCGGCGAUACGUUUGAAACCAGGCGAAUCAAGCGAUAGCGGCUUUUGUUCUUCACCAGCUUUAACUUCACAGGCAUCAACCUUAGCCAGUCAAUCGCAUGCGGUGUCAACAUGGCCGCCACACACGCAGGAUGCAACGUCUACCGCUGACCGCCCGCACACGAUUUCGUCUGCUUACGAGAAGGGACAUCAACGACCCGCCCUAACUGUGUACACCUUUCAGAGUCCUGAAACGAUCGUUGAAUCCCAAAAGUCUCCAGCAAAUGUGGCCUGCCGACCUCCUCUGCCAGUGCGCUGUUCCUCGUUGGAAAGACCAUUAUCAACUACGUCGGUGAGAAAUGCUAACCCGAACGUUCCGCGUCAGUGUCCGUCACCUAUUCCGCCGCACAUUACCAAAGAACAUCCACAACUUCAGCCCACUUACGUAAAUAUGACGGAGCUUGCUUCGAUGGCUGCUUCUAAAACCACUAAUAACAGCAACAUUGUUAACAACAACAACCACACGGCAGGUGGCAUCAAUAGCGGGAGCAGUAGCAACAAUAAUGUUAGUGCACAGCAUCACCUCCAGCAGCCGGCAACGUCUGUAUCCCUGUCGUCGAAUGCCCUAUUCCAGCAACAACCGAAUUCACCCGUGUUGUCGUCGGCUUCAUCGCUGAUCUCUCCGGACUCGAAUGCGACAAAUGCGAUAAGCUCGCCAGAUGUGUCAGCUUGCAGCACUCAAACGCCACAGAACACCCCACAAACCGACUCUCCUGGUACGCCUAACUACAGCAGCGUCGGGCUUGCAGGUGGCGCCAUCAAUCUCGGCUUCCGUAGCACCACACCAUCCUCGAUAAGCGGCACAGUGACGGUGACUCCAACCGAAAGUAAUAUUGACACUUCGUCCAAUCAUACGCUCACGAUCGAUGACAAUGAAGGGCCUAUUAAUUUCAACUCUUCCGCAAACAUUAUAUCUGCAAAUACUAUCAACGCCUCCGAUACUACAACUGCCACCCCAACUAGUUCUACUAACAAAACAUCUCCUCCCCAAUACUUCAAUGUUGGCAUCUGUGUCGCCGCCACCGUAAACACUCCCAGCACCUCUGGCGGAGGCAUUGACACCUCGAUCAAAGGCGCCCUCGAUAAGGACAAAGAUUUACUCAAGCGUACCGGUUCAGUUCUAGAGAAAACCUCGAUGUUCGAACAACAAAUCAACAACAACCAGCUGCAUAUUCCGCUGCAGCCUCCACAACAACAACAGCAGCUUAGUGACACGGUGGCUCGCGGGAGCAACGACUCGAACACAUUGUACGGACGACGGACGAACGAAGAAAUCUACAAAUCCACCGGCCAGCUGCUACUGGAUCGCGAUGCAGACUGCAUCGACAAGCAAACGAUCGAAGAACUAAACAACCUGAUUGGUGAAUUAGAUCUUUUUCAAAGAGAGCAUGAAAGUGCUACAUUGGCUCGGCAGCUUCAGCUUCACCAGCGGAUAGCGAACGGUGCCGAUACUGAUCUGGAAUUGGUGGCGAAUGGUGUGAAUAACAAUCACCAUCACGGUAGUAGUAACGAAGUGACAGAGGAGAGAGGCAAGCUGUUGGACGUCGAAGACGGUUUGCCGUUUUUGCUGUCGGAACAAACAAAGACCGAUGGUCGGCUACCGUCGUCGAUCUCUUCGAGCAACAGUAACCUGGAUGAAUAUCUGAGCAACCAUCAGGCUGGUUCGAUAGAGAAAACAAAUGGUUCGAUGACGAACCUGGCCGCAAAGUACAGUAACUUCGCAACGAGCACGUUGGACACGCAGCUAGACUACAAUUCCAGGUCGUACCCGCACGGCCAUUCGAUCUCACUCAACUUAGGAUCUGCCACGGGUUCUACCCAAACCCUUGAUGGCAUCGCGACCGGCUUCGAGAAUCCCUCGUUUAUGAUGGAAAAUUAUUACAGCCAAAAUCGCAGUGAGGUUGUCGUUCUGCGGUGCAAAGACACGAGCCGCAACAGUCUGAACAAGGGGCCAGAUGAUCUGCUCACCGGCAGCGGUUUGAUGCAUCUCAACGGGGAAGCGGUGGAUAGCAGCAGCGGUAAUCCUCUCCAGCAGCGGCUCAGUUCGUUCCGUUCAACCACCUCGCGGCCUGCAUCGCCCGCGUCAAUGACGUCCUUUUUCGGUAUUACAUCCCGAUCGCCAACACCGUCUCUUUCACUGCCGGCAACGGUUAACUCAUCGCCUCAGCAUCAAACCCUCGUGCUCACGGGUAGUAGUAACAGUGAUACUAUGGGGCCGCACAAUCUGACCACAAAUUCUAAUCACGCGACUUGUGUCAGCUCUAACCACGUUCGUCCGUAUGACGAUCGUAUUCAUCGCAAUAAACCCGUCGUCACUCCGAGACCUGCAUCGUUAUCCGGACCUGCGCGAGUUACCCGCCGAGCGUCCAUCAACACCGUGAAGCCACCUCCGCCGAUACGACGCAGUUCAAGUGUAACGCCUAGUCCUAGCGUUGGAACUAACUCCACCAUCACCACCACAAAUCUUGCCCAGCAAAGCCUAGCUUACACCUCAUCAGAAAGUUUGCCACCACCACCUGCUUAUCUGUUAGAUUCUGCCGUCGGAAGUUCACCUAGUAUUUCAGGAAACGUUGCAGGUACGGUGAAAGCUCUGAAUGAAAUUCGCCACACCCCGGCCAGCCCGGGUGUGCUGCGAAGAGCUCAGCAGCAGAGCACCCCUCCAUCUAACCAAGGAUCACCCACGCAAUACAUCAAUCCGUACAGCACAUUGCCUUUAAAGCAUGGUGAUCAUAGUUGCACCAAACCAUCAACAUCGUCUGCUCCGAUAAAGCACCCUCCAUCACAACACAACCAUUAUCCCAAUACUCCAAACUCUUUCCAUGCAACUGGUAGUAACAAACCGCUAUCUAAUCGAUCUCCGAAAACGAAUCUUCACAUGCAAGGAGGAAUCUACGCGCAACCCAAACAACUGUCAACCAUGUCUAGUUUCCGUACCUCCAGUCCAGGCCCACAAAAACCGAAUAGCAGCUUUAUAGCACAACUAAAUGCUAAGAUAGCACCUAACAAAACGCCUCUCCAAGCACAACCAUCUACGACGAUUCAGCAUCAGCAGCCGCAGCAGGCUAACAAUUAUGGUUACAGCAUGGCACCCUCUGGCAAUGAGUUGAUUUACCAACGUACAACUCCGUCCGAUCCGCGAGCAUACAACAAUAACCAGCAGCAGCAGCAAUCCUCUCAUAUACAACAACAAUCACAGCAACAACCACCACAACAUCCCCCACGCGAGGGUAAACAUUCAAUCUAUUCCACCUCUAACCAAUCCCCUUUGCAGCAACACUACCAACAACAGCAGCAACAGUACCAUCAAAAUCAAUAUCCACAACAGCAACCUCACCAGUACCAGCAGCAACACCAAUCCUCCACCUAUUACUACCACCAACAGCAGCAAUCGCCUUAUAAGCAGUCUAAUUUGGCAUCGCCAUACUCGGAACAGCAUGGGCCGGUUUUAGCGCCCAGUGGAGCUAAUAGCAGUGGUAGCGGUAGUUACGCGACACAAAACAUUUACGUAUCGACGAAUCCAUUCGUUAGUUCCGUCCAACCGACUGCAAGUAGCCACAUCGGUAGUACCUAUUCCCCUUCGACAUUCGGCAAGGUUACCCGUCACGGUGACGAGGCUGGCAGUGGGGGCAUGAGUGGGAGCAGUACUCCUAAUCGGACAAAUACUCACUCCCGGAGCAGUUCAGCGAACAAUAAUGGCGCCGCUGGUGGCACUGGUAGCUCGCACAAUGUACUGGCCAAAACCAGUGUUGGAUUUCUCGAAAAUCUAAACGCUCGUCUGGCGGAACAACGACUUUCGGGAAAGGCGUUUGCCGUCCGAAACCUAAUCAACAGUAAAGCUCUGCCUGACCCUCGUAUAUGCCACGAAUCAUUAAUGGAUCAAAUCAAACGAGGCGCGACACUCAAACGUAACCGCACGAUCAACGAUCGUAGCGCACCGAAGAUUCACUAG